AUGGCGCAGGCAGCCACACCCGGGGACCUGGGGCUCCCUUGUAGCCCCAAGCAGGCCUUGGCUCUGUACCAGCGGCUCUUCCGGUGCCCUGCAAGCCUGGGCCAGCUCCGGGCUGCACUGCGGCAGGUGCGUGAGGGCCGGGCCUGCCCCCCAGGCCUGGAGCUGCCCACUGUGCUGCUGGAGAUGGAGCGGGGCCGGCGGGCCCAGGAGCAGCUCCUGUGGGACUUGGAGCUGCUAACUGGGGCAGGGCUGGGCCUCUUCUGGCCUCCCCGGGUCCGGGUCGGUGGCCUGAAGGACCAGGCCCAGCGUGCAUGGAGCCAGCGCGGCGAGCCCUGUUGCUUACGAGAGCUGGGCCGCACCACCCGCAGCAGCUUUGGGGAACCAGGAAACUCAGAGUUCAAGAACCUCAUCCUGAAGGAAGAGAGGGGCCAAGCCGAGCCCACGACCCACAGGCCCCUUCCCCCACCAUUCGGAAGCCCACAGGGAAGAAAGAUCCCUCAGGAGGUCACGGGGCCCUCAGGCCUGCCCGAACACCAAGAUUCCGCCGAGGGGCUCUGCUGGAGCUUGAGCCAGGACAGAACAGAACUUCAGAAACUUCUGGGGAUUGAGAUCCCUCAGAGUCAGAGAGAGGAGAAUCCUCAGGGGGAGAGAGAGGAGACCCCUCAGGGUCAGGGGGAGGAAGCCCCCCAGGGGGAGAACAAAGAAGCUCCUCAGACUCAGACAGAGAAGGCCAACCAGGGUCAGAGUGGGGAGGCUCCGCAGGCUCUGGGACAAGAGGUCUCUGGGGGUCUGGGGUGGGAGACCCCUCAGGGAGAGGAAAAAGAUGCUCUUCAAGAUCCAAAAGGAAAUUGCCUUGAGUGCCGGACAAAGGAGACCCCCCAGAGCCUGGAGGUGAAGGACCUUCCCUCCUCUGGAGGCAGGGGCUGGAUCUCACAAGCCUGGGGGGUGGCUCAGGGAGAGGUGCCUACACCACCCAGGGAGGAAGGCGGCUCCUGGGGAACGCGGGGGGACUUCUGCGAGUCUCUGGGAGAACGGAUAUCGCAGUCCGGGAGAAGGGAGGGCCCGGGCCCCCGGGGAAGGGACGUCCAGCUGACACGGGACAAGACCCACGGCCAGAGACAAGACAAGGCCCUGGCCGCGGGAGAGCAGCGGGCCGGCCAAAAGGGGGCGCUGGCUCCCCUUCAGCUACAGAAGCCCCUGGCCCAGCCGCAGCUCCCAAGCGCAGGAGCUGUGAUGCUAUCCGCCCUGAGUACCCCGGACUCUGAGCAGCUGGAGCGCCCUACAGCUCUCCCAGGGCACCCAGGGCUGGUGCGCAAUCGGUACGGCCUGCAGGACCCGGGAGGCGGCCCAGGUCCCGCAGAGCAGCAGAUGGGCGAGGCGAAGGGGCGGGGGGCGGAUGGCUCUGAGAGGUUCCCGGGCCCUCUUGAAGAGCGGAGGGGCGCUGCCAAGGGCCCCAAGGCUCCGAAGGCCGCAUGGCCGGGCUCCCCGGGCAAGGAAAAGGCCUCGGAGGGUCUGAGUGCGGCGCAGCGGGAGACGGCCCUGCAGCGGCUGCUGGAGUUGCAGGGCGCGGCCAGGCGCCGGCGGUGGCAGGACCGCGAGCAGCAGCGGCUCCGGGUCCUGGACCGCCUUCGCAUCGCCAGGAACCGUCUCUGCCGGGUGCACCCCCUGGGGCCCCCACCCAGCCCAGCUCAGAUCCAGCCACAGGCAAGACCCCCGGGAGAAGGCGGUGAGGGGCAGGGGUCUAGCCGGGCACUAGCUGGGUCCCUUUGA